AAAUCCAGCAUCCUGGCGAACCGCAACGCUAACAACGGAAACGGUGGUGGUAGCGGUGGCGGCGGUAAUAACGCUGCUGCUGGCGCCGCUGGUGGUGGUGGUGGUGGUAAUGCAGCAGAGGGAUCUCGACGUAACGGUGCUGCUGCAGCGGCCAACGUUGCGGGGGGUGCUGGUGAGCAAGGCGCCGCAGCAGGUGCCGGAGCAGCUGAGUGGAAUCCAGAAGAAAUCGACCGUUUUAGCUUCGACGACUCUGAUCGUUUUGAAGAAGAUUCACUCUGCAGUUGGAGCUCCGAACCAGAGUCACUAUGUAAUAACUGGCGCGGUUGGAAGAAACCCUCAAGUUUCGGUUUGACCAACCCAAUAACGGCCAGCGCUAGUUCAACGCCUGCCAGCAUUGUAGCGCGUAAAGGUGACACUGAUGGUGAUGUUUCUUCACUUACAGAACUUGCUGCACGCUGCGUCGCUUCAUAUAUCCCCUUCGAAUUGGUCGAACACGUCUAUCCGCCCGUACCGGAACAAUUGCAGUUGCGCAUUGCUUUUUGGAGUUUCCCCGACAAUGAAGAGGAUAUACGCCUGUACUCGUGCUUGGCUAAUAGCUCAGCGGAUGAAUUUAAUCGCGGCGAUCAGCUGUUCAAGACACGCGCCGUCAAAGACACACUACAAAUUGGUUUUCAUUUAUCCGCCACUGUAGUUGGUCAAACGCCACGUGCCCACUUCAAUGUGGCCGUCACCUUCGAUCGUAGGCGCAUCUCGUCGUGUAAUUGCACUUGCACCUCGCCUGCCUAUUGGUGCUCGCACGUGGUCGCAGUCUGUUUACAUAGAAUUCAUAAUCCCCUAGAAGUAUGUUUACGUGCACCUGUCUCCGAAUCAUUGACGCGCCUACAACGCGAUCAAUUGCAAAAAUUCGCGCAAUAUUUAAUCAGCGAAUUGCCGCAGCAAAUACUACCAACAGCGCAACGUUUGCUCGAUGAGCUGCUCAGCUCACAGCCCACUGCCAUAAAUACAGUGUGCGGUGCGCCUGAUCCGACAGCUGGUGCUUCUGUACACGAUCAGACUAGUUGGUAUUUGGAUGAAAAGACAUUGCAUGCUAAUAUUAAGCGUAUUUUAAUUAAAUUCUGCCUACCGGCACCCAUAGUUUUUAGCGAUGUAAAUUAUUUAACAAACUCCGCCCCACCGGCGGCUGCCGAAUGGAGUUCACUAUUACGUCCGUUACGUGGACGUGAACCCGAGGGCAUGUGGAAUCUAUUAUCAAUCGUACGUGAAAUGUAUAGACGUUGUGAUCGUAAUGCUGUACGCCUGUUGGAGAUCAUCACCGAGGAGUGUAUGGUGUGCGAUCAAAUAUUGAUAUGGUGGUUCCAAACGAAAUUAUCACUGAUGAUGGGCUCGCAUGGGCAUAGCGGUGGCAAACACUCGAACACACAUUCGAAUUCGACAGCCCUCCAGCAUGCAUGUAGCUCGCUGUGCGACGAGAUUGUGGUGUUGUGGCGUUUGGCGGCGCUAAAUCCCGGCUUGGCGCCCGACGAACGCGAUAUGUUGCAUGCACAAUUCACUGCAUGGCACCUGAAGAUACUCGAUCGUGUGGUGAAGUGUCGUAUGAUGCCGUCGUCGUACAGCAAUAAGCACCAACAGAAUUCAAGAUCUGAUGCCGAAAUGUUUGUUGGAUUCAAGCCAGCUAUUGAAGCUUGCUAUCUGGACUGGGAGGAGUAUCCAAUACCGGGCAUUACACACACGCACGAUACCAAUCCCAUAUAUUACAGCCCUUUCACAUGUUUCAAGCACACCGAUUCGAAAAGCGAAACCAAUAAUGGACAACUAAAUGCUACACAAGCGGUAAUGGCUAACAACAAACACUAUAACUACAUCAGUUCAUCUACAGAUCAUGGCGCACGUGGCACGUUCAAGCAACGUCACGAACGUCUCUUUGUUGAACGCUUCUACAUUUCGUCGAGCAAUAAUUCGAGUAACUCCUCAAGCGAUAGCGUACAUGCGCGUCUACAUCAAGGACUUGGCUCAGCUGGAGUGUCCAGUAACGCGGGUGGUGUUAAUCCCGCUGCAACUGAUGGCUCAACCAGCAAUGUUGGUGCAAUGGUCGCUGGCGCCAGCAGCGUCUUAGCCAAUGUGGAAGCUGGACCAAGUGGGAGUGGUCAUGGUGGUGGCGGCGGCGGCGUACCGGGAGGCGGUGUCACCAUCAACAGCAUUAGUGGUCCUUCCGCUAUAGCAGAUUUGCCACGCUUACCGAUGAGUAGUGUUUCCGGCAGUGGUGGCAAUGUUGGUGUCGGCGUCGGCGGUGGUGGCGGUGAUGGCAAUCGUUCCAGCGCUAGUAGUGAAGGUUUUUGCGAGAAUGAAGACUUUGGCGGUGACAGCAGCAGUAAUAAUCUUUGUGCGGAGGGUGGACAAACGCUUGAGCCGACACAUGCAUCCAUCGUGGGAUCCGCAAUGCGUUUGGAGCAAGCGGAGGCACAACGCAACUUUGCCACACUAGGCGCAGACGUACCAGUUAUGGUUGGGCCAAGCGGCGGUUCUUCAUAUCAUAUACAAACAACCACUUCACUUUCAUCCGACACCUCCUCGUCUACAUCAAGUUCGUCCUCGAACUCCUCAUCGUCAUCGAUGUUGAUGGGUGCAGCCGGCAUUGAUACCACACCCGAAAUUACAGCGAAAAGUAAUAGCAAAAAGCUAAUAUCUGUAAGCGAUGUCAGACGUUUAUCGAAAGAUGAAUCAUUUUCCUCAUCUUCUGAUGAGUUCACCACACAAGAUUCGCCAACUGCGGUUAAGUCCACUGAGCUUACGACAGGGGCGAGCACAUCAGCUGCGGCGGCGGCUUCGGCAGCGGCAACAGUUCAAGCUUCGUCUUCAAUGGUGCCGAUACAAACAGCAAACAAACAAACGUCGCCCGCCAGCACAUUCGCUGCUAACGUGCAUGCAGCCGCCGCAGCAGGAACAGCUGGAAAUAAUCCGUCAGCAUCCACCUCGAACACAGCACAACACACAGCCGCAGGUAGCAACGAGAAGCCGCAUAUAUUUUCGAAUGUGCGUCCCACUGAGGAUGCCUGGGAUAUACUUUUGGCGCGUUCGGAAGGUUUACAUGCGCACGGGCACGGGCGCGAAGCAUGCAUACUGGCCGUACGCUUGGCGGAAGAAAUGUUGGCCAAUCCGCCGAACUUGAUGGUGGAACUGCCGCAGAUGCCGAAGCGUAAAGGUAAAAAUAAAAACAUAAACCCCAUUUCACAUCACCUAACUGUGCUGGCGUCGUCCACUUUGUCGAAAUGUGCAUUCCUGUGUACGGUGCUGUCGGAGAACUCCGAACACUUUCACAUCGCAUUCAGAAUUUGUCUAUUUGCAUUGGAAAUGCCACGUCCACCAGCUAGCACAAAACCGCUAGAGGUCAAAUUGGCCAAUCAGGAAGCUGACAUACUCACCUUACUGAAGAAGAUACCACUGAACGAGCCGGAGCUCCAAGUGAUACGUGAACGCGCUGAAUGCUUGCGCAACGGCACUUUUAAAUCACGUGGUGAAGCAUUGCUACCCAUAAAUCUGGCGACAUUCAUAUUCGAUGCGCUAGUUAUGCCCAUGAUAAUUGUCAAAGAACCACGUAAUCCCGCAUUAGACGUAAUGUAUCGUCUGCCAUCAGAUGAAAAUUUAGGUUUCGAAGCCGCUGUGGCCGCCUUGGGACUGAAAGCAAACGUCUCGGAAGCGGAACAUCCGUUGCUAUGCGAAGGCACACGUCGUCAACGUGGCGAACUGGCAUUAGCACUACUCUGCUAUUACAAAGAUGAACCACGUAAAAUCGCCAAGAUCAUGGAGAAACUACUGGAUCGCGAGAUACAUGUGCUGUUGAAAACACCAUUGCUGCCAGCCUACUAUUCGAACAACCCACCCGUACGCACCGCUGCAUCGUCAAUGUCGCGUCGUGAGGAGCACGAGUAUGCCAAUGCCAUCAAUGGUGGCGCACACAAUGCCAAUCUCAACGAUGUGUUCCCGUCGGACUACGGUUCUGUAGGUGGCAAUAGUCGGCCGCAUAGUUCGACCAGCGCCGAACUCGAAGUAGGCAUGAGCGCAUUGAGCGUCUCAUCGUCACAAGGUGGCGGUAGUGGCACGCUAACCAGCGCUACUGGCAACAACCAACCGAUGACCGGGCCGACUGGUCAAACAAACGUCACUGGCGGCGCCACAAGUCGCAGUAAAGAUAGUCGUUAUAAGGGUAAGCGUGCUUACCCCUCCAUACCCAAUCAACCGUCGGAGGCCAGCGCACAUUUCAUGUUCGAGCUGGCAAAGAAUUUGCUGAUCAAAGCAGGUGGCAACUCUUCCACAUCGCUAUUCACACAAGCCACCACCAAUCAAGGCCACCACGGCCCACAUCGUGCACUACAUAUAUGCGCCUUUCAGCUGGGUCUCUAUGCGCUCGGGCUGCACAACUGGGUCAGCCCCAAUUGGCUGUCGCGCACCUAUUCGUCGCAUGUGUCCUGGAUCCUCGGCCAAGCAAUGGAAAUCGGCGCACCCGCCAUCAGUUUUCUCAUCGACACUUGGGAGGGCCAUUUAACGCCACCCGAAGCCGCAGGCAUGGCCGAUCGUGCUUCACGCGGCUGGGACAACAAUAUGGUAUAUCCGGGUGCUGAAUUGGCGCUGUCUGUCUUGCCACAUGCCGCCGCUCUCAAUCCCAACGAAAUUCAACGCGCCAUCCUGCAGUGCAAAGAACAGAGCGAUCACAUGCUCGAACGCGCCUGCAUCACCGUUGAGAACGCCGCCAAGGGUGGCGGUGUCUAUCCCGAAGUGCUAUUCCAAGUGGCACGUUACUGGUACGAGUUGUAUGGUCAUAAUACACCGAACAACGAACAUGAACAGCACGACGAUCAUCUGGAUCAUUCGGCGGUCAGUCUGAGCGCGCUCAUCGAAUCGCAUCAGCAUCAUGAAAUGCAACAACAAAUGCAGGCGCAAGUGCAGGCUCAACAGCAGCCGCAAGGCGGCAUGGUCGGUCCACCACCGGUCAUGCCCGCAGCACCACCGGGCGGCCCCAAUGCACCCGGUCAGCCGGGACAGGUUGUGGUCAGCACAGCGCCGCAACCCUUCCAGCAAGGUGUUGCCACACUGGCGCCCAUAGCCUUGCCACCAUACCCGCCGUAUAGUUUUUGCCAAAAUCUAUACCAUCACAACAUCACCACCUAUCCGGGCAACCAAAUGCAAAUGUACAUUUCAACCGGUCCACCGCCACCGUAUCCCGGUUACCCGCCCACACAAGCGCAACAGCAAAAUGCAUCCAAUAUACAACCGAGCGGUCCUGCGCAGCCGAACUCACCGUAUGUGCAUCCAUCGAGUGCGCCGAGCGGCGGUUUUCCAGCACAAAUGCCACCGCAACAGAUGCCGCCACAGGCAUACCAGGGCAUGCAAUGCGGCGCUGGUGGCGCGCCACCUACCGGCUUCCUGCCACAACUCGGCCAAGGUGGUCAGCCGCAAAUGCCGCCGCAGAAUAUGCAAAAAGUUGCCGCUGCCGCCGCUGCCGCCGCUGUAUACUUUGCGCCACCACCCCAGCAUCCCGCACAAGCAGCGGCAGCCGCCAACGCGGCCAUGGCGCAGCACCAAAUGCGUCAGCAACAGCAACAAGGUGUUUAUCCGCCGUUUGUGCAACAGCCGCCGGUGCAUGCGGCGCCACCACAACCACCUUUGCGUCAACGCCAUCCACAUCAAUUCACUUCAACACAAUUGCGCUAUCUACUUGCCGCCUACAAUGUGGGCAUGUUGGCUAUGGAGACAUUGGCGCGCCGCGUGCACGAUGAUCGUCCGCAAGCGAAGUACGCACGCAAUCCACCUUACGGUGAGGACGUCAAAUGGUUGUUGCGCAUCUCCAAGAAAUUGGGCACCCAAUAUCUGCAUCAGUUCUGCGUCUGCGCCGUAAAUUCGAUUGUUAGCCCCUUCGUGUUGCAUGACGUGGCCAUCGAAUCGGCGCACUAUUUGGGCCGCAACAAUCAUCAAUUGGUAAUGCAGCAUUUGCGCUCGGCGUUAACCCCUCUUGUGCAGAAAUGUCAGCAAAUGUAUAUUCAGUGCAUACACCAGAAGUUGUACCAUUUGACUCUGGCUGAUUAUGAGGAAUUCGCUAGCAUUAUCUUGGCAGCGCGUGCUGCGUUCCAGAUAACACCAGAGGGCAGUGCGCAGUUCAAGGAUUGGCUGCAAUCGAUUAAGAGAUCGAAAUCCUGCAAAAAGGAAUUGUGGACGCAAAUCAAUGCAGCUCUGCAAAGCAAUUCCAAAUGACAAAGACUUGAUUCAUUU